GCACCGAGCGACGAUUGGUCGUGUUUGAGGCUUAGCUGUUGAGGUCAAGAUAUUUCGAAUAAGCAAAGCAGCUAGCUGCUUGUUAUGCCCCCAAGCCCCUCCCUAAUUUCUUGAUCGAUCAACCCCGGCGCUAAACGACACCCGUUUACGCCAGCAACAUUUAUCACCCCAACAUGGCUGAUCCCAUUGGCCUCACUGCCAGCAUCAUAGCGAUCGCGAGUCUUGCAUACUCAAGUUGCAGGGCUCUGAGCAGCACCGUUAGGAAUUUACGCGAUGCGCCAAAUACCAUCAACGAACUCCAUGGAGACCUCGACACGGUCCAAAACCUGCUUCGGUCGUUACAGAGCGCUUUCGAGGGCCUGGAUGAGAACGAGCUGUCCGCCGGACAAAGGAGAUGUUUCGAAGAACUCGAACCUUAUAUACGUCGAUGCGAGGUGACCUAUGAUACUUUCGCAAAGACGUUGUCCCGGCUGACAUCUCACUCCGACGAAGACCGAGUCAGCUGGCGGGACCGAGGUCGCUUGCAUCUGGAAAGACGGGAGAUUGCAAGUCUGAAGAAUGGACUGCAGAAGGACAAAGAAACUCUUGAUAUUGCUAUCAACAUGGCGACACUGUGAGUUCAAUCCACGUUGACCACUGCUCGAUGCUGAUAAGGCGUCUUCAACCGCCAGUCGAAGCACCCGGCAAAACCAGGAUGCACUGCGGACUCUGGAAAGAAGAAUUGUCAUAUCGAUGAGCGAGUUCGCCGGUGAGAUACAAGGCCUGCAGAUGGCAAUCCAAUCUUUGCCAUUUCCCUCUGAGGACUCCAGUAUCAC